UGGUGAGCCUCCCGUCCAACGCCCAAUGGCUCCGCCAGCACAGAAAGCCGGGCAAAAGCGCAAGGUCGCCUUUGACCAGCCAGGCCUUUCCUCGGCUGCGCGCAAGCGACAGAAAAAUCAUGAUGCUCGAGCCAUUCCCGUCCAACGCCCUGAGGCAGUCGUCUCUGCUGGCGGGGAACUCAAUGUGGCUUCGUUCAUCAAGGCCCGAGAGUUCGAGAUCGGGGCUCUGGAGAAGAGCAUGCGCAGGGCAAAGAAGCAAUUGUCCUCGCGAGCGUUCCAACAAGUUCCGAGGCAUAUGAGACGGAGAACAGCCAGUCAUAAUGCCAAAAAGGUGCCGCGAAGGCUGCGGCGGAGGGCAGAGCGGGAGGAGGACUAUAGAUGAAAGACGACAACACACCUACGGUCACGAAACGGACGCGAACUCCUUCGCGGAAACUGAGACUGCGGCUGGAGACAGCCAAAGCGCUCAAGAGGUUCAACCAGAACCACAAGACGGUGCGCCAGAGGAAGAAAGAGGCCAAGGCCAAUGCUCAGCAACCUGAUCCUGAAAACCAUGUCCUGACUGCGCGUGUGCCACGGUUGAAGAAGAACAAACUGGCCGAGCCCGCGAAAGCGACCACGAAAUACAAGAGAAGGCAAGUCAACAAGACGUGGCUGCCGACGCACCUUUGGCACACGAAACGCGCACACAUGACUCGACCCACGGAGCCCCUGUGGAGGAUGUCCAUCCCAUUGAGCCCUACGGAAAAGAGUUACAGACCGAGUCACCGAGCAGCGGGGAACCAGGGAUGCAUAGCCUGGGAUACCAGCUAUAUGUCUACGGUUUCUUGCCUGGGGACAGAGACGGCGCUUGAUAGCCUGCUGAAGGCCCUUUCUUUCAGCCCACAAGGGCUCUCGCCGGCCAUGCAUAAGAAGUGGAAGGCUGGUACCCGAUUUGCCCGUGGAUGGGUCUCUGAACGGGACAACGAAAAGCGUCCUAUUGCACCGGUUAUGGUGGUCUGGUUCAAGCGCACGCAGGACGAGACGGCGAAUCGCCAGGACGGUCAGGACGCAGACAAGAUGGAAGUUGACAUGGGCGACGUGUCUCGAAUUCCUGCGGGCAAAGACCAGAUGGAGGGCGAGGAGGGCGAAAGAGCUCCGUCUGUACCUUCGAAGACCAAAACGCCGACAGCAAAACGGAAGACCAAGCUUAGUCACCAAAUCCUGAUCCAAGUCCAUCCAUCUGCAUUCUAUCAGUGCUGGCAGGAGUUGUUGAAAGUUGCCAAGAUGCAGAAACCGCAGGUUCUGAUUGAGGAUUUGCGGUUUGAGAUCGGAAGUAUCGAGGUACAAGGUCCAGGUUCGACGGAAGCUUUACUGGGCGUGAUCCGUCCUUUUCCCACGCCCGUUGAAGCUGCCGAUUCGAUGUCAUCGUUGUGGACGUCCCUCGCUGGACUCAACAACCCCAGUAUCCUGCCGCAGAACGCUCUGCUUGCAUUUGAAACGGUCGAUCCGAGGCUCAACCACCCGCCCAAGCGGACCAAGAUUCCCAGCACCUCCGAACUGAGUCUCCUGGAUGAGAUCCUCGUCUCCUGGCCGCCCGACAAAAGGCCGACCUCCUCCGCGCUACUCUCGCACAAGGCACGCUGGCGGAUCAGCAACACCCUGCCAUCACAAAAAGCGAUCAAUCGACGAAGAGCACUCGCGGCACCGGGCCAUGUACCGCCAGUCGCCGACAAAGAUCCCCAGAUCCCGGUGAUCCUUUUUGCGUCGAGAGCGGAGAACAGUGCUUCCAAAAACGCCCAGGGGACUUGGACUGUGCUCCUUCCAUGGACAUGCGUCGAUCCCGUGUGGCGCUCAUUGAUGUACUAUCCUUUGUCAUCCGGUGGUACUCCGCGUUUUGGGGGUCUGCGCCAGAAACAGCAGCUAUCGUUUGAGCAAAAAGUACCGUGGUUCCCGGGAGAUUUUCCCGGGACUGGGGCAGGACAAGCCUGGGAGCGCACUGAGAGCGAAAAGAGGUUCGAUUCAUGGAUCAGGCGACCUCCCAAACACAGAAUCGCCUGGGACACUUUGGAUCUGGGGCUAGGAAGGCGUGGGGAGAUUGGGAGAGGCUGGUCUUGUGAUUGGGAGGUUUUGUUCGAAACCACCAAAGAUCCAGCUCUCAUCGAACCGCCCGACCCAGACUUGGACAAAACCACCCCUACGCAGAAGAAGGCGGUCCCACUGCUUACACAGCGACAGCGAAAAGCAGCCAAAGCUCAAGCAGCCCGAGAAGCGGAGCAGAAAGAUCCGGCCCGUCGACGCAAUACAUCCAGUCCUGAGAGUGAAGGAGAGCCGGAAAUCGUACCGGAACUUGUAAAAGAAGUCAAAUAUACCCAACUGCUGCCGGGGCAGAGCAUAUCCUUGUUGAAACAGCCGUCAAAUAUCACUCUCCCGUCAGUUCCUGUUCUGGUCACAGUCCGCAUCACUUUGGUCGACAAAGGAACCCCGUCUCCAGCAGCACGAAUCUAUCGCCUCCCGUCGUCACCGAAACCAGGAGCACUGCCUUGUCCUACUGAACCAGUGGCAUCCGGGACAGACAGGUCUCAGCAGACCCAGCCGCAAAGCUGGAACUCUGAUGGACCGCCGCCUGGGCAACGUCCACCCUCAACCAGUCUCACGGGGACGUCAACGUCGUCCACUACCACUGUGCGCGACCUCCGCUCCCGCUGGCUUGCUCUCGACCACCAUUUCGACGUUCCCACACAAACCAGCCAUUCACGCCUCCCGAAGAUCAAGACCAACAAAUUCUCCGCCCCGCGUCACCAAGCCAGCUAUCCACGUGAAUCGCUCGCCAAGAUCAAUGUGCUCCCCAAGAAUGCCCCGGAAGAGAUCGUGAAGAAUUUUGGACCGGACAGUGCGUUUGGGAGAGGGGAUGGGGAGAUCCCCAAGGAGCAGCCGCCACCUCCAAAGCAGAACAACAAAGGCAAGGCAAGGGGGAAGGAGAGAGGAAAGGAGAAGAAGGCGGUCGCUCAAGCAGAGAACGGCGAGACGUUGCCCAAACCUCUGGAUCAGGCCUCUGGCGGGAUGGAAGACCUUGCUGCCCUCAUGAUCAACCCAUUCAGCGAACCGACAGAGUGGGACAAACACGUGCCUUGCCCCGACCCGCACGACCUUCUCGGGUUUGUCACGAGUGGUGGGUACAAUCUGGCUGAAGGUCGGGGCACGGCUGUGGGCAGCAUUUGGGGCCAGCGGGUGAUUGAGGGGUGGCAAGAAGACUCGGUGCAGUAUGACGGCGUGAGCGACAAGCAGAAGGACAGGCAGAGGAGGUUAUGUGUUGUGCGCAACGCCGGUGAGAGUAUUGGGCGGCUGGGCAUUUGGGAGGUUUGUUUGUGAGUGGGCAUGCUUUGGUGUGUAGUUUAUGCCAUACCUGCAAGGCAGAUGCCAUGAUGCCACCGUGGCAGUGCAUAAUGCACUGCAUUUUUAGUCCCUACCAGAAGAUGGGCGGGACCGCGAGCGACGAAUGAGAGAGCGAAGGACAAACCCCUCGUGCUCUCUCGCAAAUACUGGUUUUGCAAGGCGUAUUACAUGCUCCUGAGGGCUGGGUGAGGUGAC